UGGCGCUGUUGUUAGUAAUCAGGCUGUCAAACCUAAGUUUUCAUUUAAUAUUUCCAUAUAAUUUUUAUGGAAAAUCCGUUUUCUUGAAUGUAAACACCUUUGAAAUUCGUUGAAAAAUUUAUUUAAUUGCACGCAGUCGUUAAAUUAGCCAAGUAUUCACAACUUAACCUACAAAAAAAGUCGCCAAGAUUUGAUAACUUUUGUGUUUUUCGUUUGUCAUUAAUAAUUUACGAUGAUUUCCUUAUAAUAUUUCCAAUUGGAUAUUGAUAAAUGCCUAUAAUAAUGUGGCCCUCAUUGGUGGAUAUGUCCAAAGAGGAAUCUUUCCAAUAUUUAAGGCAUUUAGAACUUGAAGCAUAUUCACACUUGGUAUCCGCACUUAGAGCUCAAGGUUCUCUAAAUGCAGAAAAAAAGAAACUACUUAAGGAAUCCAGUUUGCUUUUAAACAUCACACAAGAAAGGCACAAUGCUGAGAUUAGAAGGGCCAUCAGCGAUGAAAAGUUAAACACAGUUGCUUACCAUAUAAAUGGUCAAGGUGAAUCGCUAGAUGAUUGGGCACAAGAGGGUCGUAGAUUGAUCCCGAUGCUGCCGAGAAUGGCUCCACAAACUGCCUACACAUCGAUUGCCGAUGAAGUGGCGGAUAAUGCCGCCCAAAAUAACAAACAGCUGCCAUCUCCAUCGGCAACGGAACGCAAAAGAACCAUUAACAUUGCCACUUCGAGUGUUCUGCCUGAAGGUAGUAGUAAAACUUCGUUUCGUAUUCCUGAGCCUCCGAAGUUUGACGAGGCAAAAAAGAGGAAGUUGUCUAUCUCGGAGAAUAGCAGCUGCUUGGCGCAGCACCUCUUGGGACCAUCUAAGACCAGUAGAAUUCAACAAUUAUAUAGACAAAGAACAAAGAUCAAAUCCAAAGAACAGUACCAGUACAAAUUGAAGGACCAGCAGGAACAGCAGCAACAGCAGGCGCCUUCGAUAAAGCAGCAAUACUCGAACCCGUCGUCGAGCCAUCCGAAGAUAAACGUGCUGCAAAACAUCAGCCUGCAACCGCCCACCUUGGCAUCGGACGAAUCCGGCGAGCAAUCGGACGCCCCCAAGCAAAACGAACUAAUCCAAGCGACCGUUUCCAACGAGAACCAGGCGCCCAGGAACAAGAUCCUGACCAACUUGAAGGCGGGCAACGUGACGCUGAAGCAGAUCACGUGUCCGAUGCCGGGUUCGAGCAACGAGGCGGUGCCGAAGUCGGUGAAGAUGUGCCCGGCCAAAAAGGCGAUCUCCAAAACCAUGUCGGGCGGGCAGAAGUUGAUCGUCGUGUCGAACGCCCAAACGAUACCGUCGAGCAGUAUUCUACAGCGCACGCUAAGUAUUCCGUUCGUGAAGAACAUAUCGGUCAAGAACUUCGAAAAGUUUAAAAUCGUGACCAGCACUUCUUCUAACGCGGCGCAAGUUUCCACUGCCAACUCCAACACCACCAACUCGGUAAAACACAAAGUGGUGACGGUGCGUACUAACUCUUCGACGUCGAAAAAAGUGAUACCGCUCUCUCAGCUGCAAGUAUUAAACUCGAAAGGCAACAUCAAGGUGCUGCCUCUUGGCGGUAAAAUAGUCGGAAAAUCCGUCACGUCCACCACAUCUUCGCCACUGUACAUCAUGAACACGAUGGGCAACGUGCAGACCAUCGCUAAGAGUCUCACCAUGCCAACCAUGAUCACCACCAAAAGUAAGGAGGCGCCCAACACUAGCGUCUCCUUUGUAGAAACUUCAGAAAAAUUAUUAAACAAUUCCGAAGAAGAAAAAACGAUUAUUGAGGAAAUCGUCAAAGUUCCUGUUGUGAUUAAAGAAGAAACGGAACAAGAAGAUUACGAUUCAAAGAUUGAAGAGUUUCAUAUUACGCAAACGGUAGUUAAGGAGGAAAAUAAUCUAGAUAAAACUGAAUUUGUUACGGAAGACGUUGUUAAAGAUGAAAUUGUUAAAGAUAAAGUCACCAAUGGCGAGACUGAAGAUUUAGAGAUUAAGAGUGUAGUUAAUGAAGGAGAUAUUAGUAAAGAUCCAUUUGUAUUUAAAACUAAGGAAUGUGCCAAUAUGGAAGUUGAAGAGUUUGAUGCGAAAUUCGAUGGUAUUGAUAACGGUUCGAUAGUAAUAAAAAAGUAAAUUAAAAUUGAUUUACUGUGUACUGGCUGUAAAUACGAAUGUUAAAUGUAAUUGAACCGAUUAUAGUUAUUAUUUUUGGAAAUUUAUUUUCGAAAAUCCAUAAAUAGCGGUAAUUGAAAGGAAUCUAAAUGUUAGAGUUUUGCUCAAUGCGAUUUUUUAUUUAUGUGUUUGAUUUUUGUCAAAUUAUUUAUUUUAUAAUUUAAAAAAUGUUUUUUAUAAAAAUUAAUUUGUAAAUAGUUAUAUAUGAAGAGGAUAAAUAUAUUCUUUAAUGAAAAUAAUACCUUAAUAGGUAUUGUGACAAGGAAAAA